AAAAAAUCGGCCGAUUUUGCACCACGAAUGCCGAUCUUCGCGGCAAUUAGUGGGCAAAUUGGCCGAUUUUUUGCCGAUAAAAAAUCUGCGCAUGAGCAGUGACCUGCAAGAGGAAGACAAAAAGAAGAAAAAGAAGAAGAGGAAGAGGAUGAAGAAGAGGAGGAAGAGGAUGAGGAUGAAGAAGAAGAGGAUGAGGAUGAAGAAGAAGAGGAUGAGGAUGAAGAAGAAGAAGAGGAUGAGGAUGAAGAAGAAGAAGAGGGUGAGGAAAGAAGAGGAAGAGGAUGAAGAAGAAGAGGAUGAGGAUGAAGAAGAAGAGGAUGAGGAUGAAGAAGAAGAGGAUGAGGAUGAAGAAGAAGAAGAGGAUGAGGAUGAAGAAGAAGAAGAGGAAGAGGAUGAAGAAGAGGAUGAAGAAGAAGAAGAAGAA